UUUUUUCGAUCACUGUCAUUCGCAGCCUUGCUAGGUGUCAGUGAGAACUGUUACAGAGCAACUGGGCGUCACUAUUUCCGACACUACCGCUAUUCAAAAUGGCGGUGUUGUUGCUUUUUUUGUUGCCGUCGCUUGCACUGGCGAACAUUCAAGUGCAAGUCUCUGGUAAAUUCAACGCUGAUGACCCAUCAUCGAUGAGGGUCUACACAUCCGGCAACCAGGUCGGCAUCAUCAGCGACGAAGAGCGGAACACCUUCGAACUUAAUGAUAACAACCUCAAGAACAGCGUGCGCUCCUACUUCGGACUUCGUCCUGACGACGCGUUCCUUCGGAGUCCAACACCAUGGGGCGAUUUGUACAAGACCUAUGGCUGGAGCCAGGUCGCCAGAACCCUGGAGCCACGGAACGGCAAAAUACUGAAGAUCACCUCCAAACCGGUCAUCGUUUUGGAGCAAAUCUUCGAGAAUAACAGCUCUAAACCGGCUCUCUUCAACGUUGGGAUCUCACAGACCGUUGAGAAUACUGUCUCGUCUUCAUGGAGCAAGGGUGGCGAAUUGUCCGUCGGCCAGGAGAUAAACUAUGGAUUCGAUAUCGAAGUUGCGAACGGAGGAGGCACUACAUCUCUCUCUUACACUUCCUCGUUUGGCGAGAACACUGAGAAAUCUGAGAGUGUCACUGUUGGCGCGUCGUCAGCCAUGGAAAUCCUCCUGCAGCCUGGUCAAGUUGUUGUCGCUUCAUUGCAAGCGACCAGAGGUUAUAUACAAGUCGAAAUCGAGUAUGAUGCUUCGUUGAACGGCCAGUCAGCUGUGAACUAUGCCGAUACGUUCAAAGGACACCACUUCUGGGCAUUAGACAUCAGGGCCGUGAUGUCCAGCGGUGGACUUAGCAACAGUAAGGUGUCCAAGGAAACAAUCACCAUCGGUUUCUAUUCGAACUCUAAAGUUGUCGUACUAGACAAGAAUUAUGGUAACAAAAUCAUGGAAUUAGAAUGUUAAACUCGUGUCAUUAAAUAAAUAAAGUUUAAGUUGAUUAUUGUUUAGUUUUUUAACUUAUUUCUAAAGCGAUACAUAGAAUAGAAUGUGCCUCGUUAAAAAAUUUACUUAGUAAUAAAAUAUGGCUAAAUAUAUAA